AUGCUGGAGGAAGCGGGCGAGGUGCUGGAGAACAUGCUGAAGGCGUCGUGCCUGCCGCUCGGCUUCAUCGUCUUCCUGCCCGCCGUGCUGCUGCUGGUGGCGCAGCCGCUGCCCGCCGCCGACGCCGCGCACGAGUUCACCGUGUACCGCAUGCAGCAGUACGACCUGCAGGGCCAGCCCUACGAAACCCAGAUGCCUCCUCCCCACAUGGAGACCAGCUUCAUCCAGCCAGUCCAUAAAGACCAUGGGCUCCGGGGGUGCCCAGUGCCCACCUUUGUGGCGCCCACCAAGUGUAACCUCUACCUGUCCAGACGCAAGCUGAGGGGGACGGUGCUAAUUGCAGCCUCAUGCCUGCUGAGGGCUGUGUUUACGCCCCUCCCGACCCUGGCGCCGGCUCUCAAGGGAGGAUACGAAACCCAUGACCUUCGGGGAGUUCUGGGGGUGCUGACAUGCACCCUUUCUGCCUCCGACAUGCUGGGUGCUGCGGGCACCUCCCUUCCUGGGGAGCGGGGUCCUCAGUCCUACUCUGUAGAAGCUCUAGGCCCAAUGAGACCCAGUGUCCUUUCCAUGUCCUUCCUGCCCUCCACCAUCAGAACGCUGCCCUGGAGCCGGCCCCUCUGCCUGCCUGCUUCCCCGGAUGGAACAUUCCUGGAAAGCAGAAAUGGGUUUGUGCUCCUGGCCCCCAGCCCGAGGCUCAGCACAGGCCCAGGCACUCGGAACGCAGUGCUCAACACGGAGGCGCGCACCGUAGACGCGGAUGUGCUGAGCCGGCGCUGCGUCCUCAUGCGGCUGGUGGACUUCUCCUACGAGCAGUACCAGAAGGCCCUGCGGCAGUCAGCGGGUGCCGUGGUCAUCAUUCUGCCGCGGGCCAUGGCUGCCGUGCCCCAGGACGUCGUCCGGCAAUUCAUGGAGAUCGAGCCUGAGAUGCUGGCCAUGGAGACAAUCGUGCCCGUGUACUUUGCCAUGGAAGAUGAGGCCCUGCUGUCCAUCUAUGAGCAGACCCAGGCCGCUUCUGCCUCCCAGGGCUCUGCCUCAGCCGCAGAAGAGCAAAUGGUCACCAGUGGAGUCCAGAGCAAGGCCGUGAGCGACUGGCUCAUCACCAGCGUGGAGGGGCGGCUGACGGGGCUGGGUGGAGAGGACCUUCCCACCAUCGUCAUCGUGGCCCACUACGAUGCCUUCGGAGUGGCCCCGUGGCUGUCACUUGGCGCAGACUCCAACGGGAGCGGCGUCUCCGUGCUGCUGGAGCUGGCCCGCCUCUUCUCCAGGCUGUACACCUACAAGCGCACCCACGCCGCGUACAACCUGCUGUUCUUUGCUUCCGGAGGGGGCAAGUUUAACUACCAGGGCACGAAGCGCUGGCUGGAAGACAACCUCGACCACACAGACUCCAGCCUGCUGCAGGACAAUGUAGCCUUCGUCCUGUGCCUGGACACCGUGGGCCGGGGGAGCAGCCUGCACCUGCACGUGUCCAAGCCGCCCCGGGAGGGGACCCUGCAGCAUGCCUUCCUGAGGGAGCUUGAGACGGUGGCCGCCCACCAGUUCCCUGAGGUGCGGUUCUCCAUGGUGCACAAGAAGAUCAACCUGGCUGAGGACGCGCUGGCCUGGGAGCAUGAGCGCUUUGCCAUCCGCCGGCUGCCCGCCUUCACUCUGUCCCACCUGGAGAGCCACCGCGACAGCCAGCGCAGCAGUAUCAUGGACGUGCGGUCCCGGGUUGAUUCUAAGACCCUGACCCGGAACACGAGGAUCAUCGCAGAGGCCCUGACCCGGGUCAUCUACAACCUGACGGAGAAGGGGACGCCCCCGGAUAUGCCGGUGUUCACAGAGCAGAUGCAGAUCCAGCAGGAGCAGCUGGACUCGGUGAUGGACUGGCUCACCUACCAGCCGCGGGCCGCGCAGCUGCUGGACAAGGACGGCACGUUCCUCAGCACGCUGGGCCACUACCUGAGCCGCUACCUGAAGGACGUGAAGCAGCACCACGUCAAGGCCGACAAGCGGGACCCCGAGUUUGUCUUCUAUGACCAGCUCAAGCAGGUGAUGAACGCCUACAGGGUCAAGCCCGCCAUUUUUGACCUGCUCCUGGCCGUCUGCAUCGGCGCCUACCUCGGGAUGGCCUACACAGCAGUCCAGCACUUCGACCUCCUCUACAAGACAGUUCAGAGGCUGCUCGUGAAGGCCAAGACACAGUGACAUGGUCCCCCAGAGCCCCCGCUGCCUGUCACCCCCACCGCCCCAGCCGGCAGGCGCUCUAGUGAGUGGACGCAUCUCCAUCGCCACCUCUGCAGGACCUGGCCUCCCCUCCCCCACGGUGGCCGAAACACUGAAUUACAGAGGUGUCCUGUGUUGCUUUUUA